AUCAUCAACACAGAAGAAGUCGAGGAGCGCUCUGUUUACAUCUGCUGUCAACAAAGAACUUCGGCUGUGUUAAUCUAAAGAAGUAUAAAUAGUGCACAUUAUUCCCACAUAUUUUCUUGGUGAGGCAAAGAGAGUGGUGCUAUAUUUGAUGGCGGAGGGCAGCAGCGGCAGCGGGAAUCUGAUGAGCGCUCCUCCGGGAGACCCGCAGCUCAUCGCGCUCAUUGUGGAGCAUCUGAAAAACAGAGGCCUUUUCGACGAGUUCAGACGAGACUGUCUGGCCGACGUGGACACCAAGCCAGCUUAUCAAAAUCUGCGACAGAAGGUGGACAACUUUGUGUCAAAUCAUCUUACGACUCAAGAAUGGAAUCCAUCUAUUAACAAGAACCAAGUGAGGAAUGCCUUAAGACAAAGCGUAGUUCAGUCGGGGAUGUUGGAAUCAGGGGUUGACCGAAUCAUUUCUCAGGUGGUGGACCCCAAAUUGCACCACAUCUUCAGGCCAGUCAUUGAAAAUGCCAUUCACGAUUUCCUAGACGCAGAGAAGAAAGAAGAGGGCACGUCAAACUCAGCCCCUGACCUUGAGUCACAGGAAAUGACCAACAGCACUGCAGCCAAAUCUCAAUGAGGUCCAAGGAUUUUUGCCAUUUCACAUUGAGAUCACCAAACACUGUCCUUCCAUGACCAGCUACAUUGGAUGAACAAUUGCGAGGCACUGCGAUUUUGAUAGUUUGCACUAAUUUAAGGGUCUUGUGCGGGAUUGUUUUGGACAAUAUGUGUGUUUAGCAUGUUACAUAAAAGCAAGUUGUCUGGCCCGUGCUAUUGAGGUCUGGUUUAGUUUAAUGAAAUUAUCUCUUCAGCGCUAAAGAACAACUGAAACCACGUUAUCCCAAAUGAAAAUAAAUGCAUCUCGAAAUAACAAGACGACACAUGGGGCUCGAGCCAGACUGAAAUGAUCCUUUUUACACAGCUGGAUUUGUGAAACGUGAUUCUACUGGGACUCGCAGCUUCGUUUCUACAAUAAAUGUAACUUUUUAAGAAAAGCCAA